GAACCGAGACGAGGGAAGAAGUGUGUGAUCAAGCGGUGUACGGUUCGGUUCACACCCAUCGCUUUUAUCUCGCCCACGCGUACUCGUUGCUCUUGUAAUAACUCUGUUUCUCUCGUGCUCUCUUUUUCUGUCUGUAUGCUUUCCGCACCGGCAGCAUUUUCCGGCGAGUUUUCACAACAUAGUUCGCCGGGAUAUUGAUGAGAUCCUGAAGGAGUUUGAGGUCGAUUUGAUUGAGAUUUGUUCCACUCCCCCUUCAUUUUCGAGGUUUUGGUUUAGUGGAGUUUGGAGCUGGUGGCUUUUUGUGUAAUGGGAGCGUAAACAAAACUUCAUGAGAUAAUUGAGGAUGCAAUUUGAGAAUUGGACGAGGAAAUUGAGUUGUCAUUUGGUGUAUUAAAUAAGGUUUUAUCUUUUUCUUGGUUUUUAUUUUUCUUGAUCUGGUUUGUUUCUACUUGGGCAAUUUUGGAUCUUGAAGAUUCCGAUAGGGAAAUUAGCUGAAUAAACAAAGCUUUAAAUUUUCCUGGUUGAUUCGAUUUCAUUCAUCGCAAAAUCAGGGGUGUCUGUUGCCGUUACGGAUCCUACAUUGUUCAGAAUUUGAGAUAAGAAGUGUAAACGACUUGUCGUUUGAAAGGAUAGUGUAUGGAGAGAAAUGUGCAUGAUAGGAAGGAGUGAGAGAAAGAGCGGUGAAAGUGGGGAGAGAAGAGAAAGAGAGAAGGAAAUGGGAAUAGUAAAAGGAGUGGAGAAGGUGAAGAGUAUAUCGAGGUCAAAAAUGAAGAUGUGGAUGAUACGCGCCACCACGUCGGUCUUGUUGUGGACUUGUGUCGUUCAAUUGACGACGAUCGGCGAGAUGUGGGGACCUAGGGUUUUGAAAGGAUGGCCCUCUUGUUUCUCGCAUGAACCUGCCGCCGCCCUGGAGGAGAAGGUUCUCGCUGUUCCUGCUCGAGUGCUUCCACCGAAGAGGGCUUACAAGAACAAUGGCUACCUCAUGGUUUCGUGCAAUGGAGGUCUAAAUCAAAUGAGAGCAGCGAUAUGUGAUAUGGUUGCUAUUGCAAGAUAUUUGAAUGUAACGCUUAUCGUUCCCGAGCUUGAUAAAACUUCCUUUUGGGCAGAUCCAAGUGAGUUUCAAGAUAUAUUUGAUGUAGAACAUUUUAUUACAUCAUUGAGAGCUGAGGUUCGGAUAUUGAAAGAAUUGCCUCCUAGGCUGAAGAGGAGGAUGGAGCUAGGGAUGACUUAUACCAUGGCCCCAGUUAGUUGGUCUGAUAUAUCUUAUUAUCAUAACCAGAUUCUUCCUUUGAUACAGAAGUACAAAGUUUUACAUCUUAAUAGAACUGAUGCUCGACUUGCAAAUAAUCAUCAACCUCUGGAGAUUCAGAAGUUGCGAUGCCGUGUAAAUUUUAGUGCUUUGAGAUUUACUUCUCAGAUAGAGGAGUUGGGUAAAAGAGUUAUAAAUCUUCUCAGGCAAAAUGGUCCAUUUUUAGUACUUCACCUCAGAUAUGAAAUGGACAUGUUGGCCUUCUCUGGUUGUACUCAAGGUUGCAACAAUGAGGAGGUAGAAGAAUUAACAAGAAUGAGAUAUGCUUAUCCUUGGUGGAAAGAGAAAAUAAUAAAUUCUGACUUGAAAAGGAAAGAUGGGUUGUGCCCUUUGACACCAGAGGAAACAGCCCUUAUAUUGAGGGCAUUGGACAUUGAUCCAAACAUACAGAUCUAUAUUGCAGCAGGUGAGAUAUAUGGUGGAGCAAGGAGAAUGGCAAGUCUUGCAGCAGCUUAUCCCAAGCUGGUCAGAAAGGAAACGCUGCUAGAGUCAUCAGACCUUAGGUUUUUUCAGAAUCAUUCAUCCCAGAUGGCAGCAUUGGAUUAUCUUGUUUCCCUGGAAAGUGAUAUUUUUAUCCCCACAUAUGAUGGAAACAUGGCUAAAGUUGUUGAAGGUCAUAGGCGAUUCCUGGGAUACAAGAAGACAAUUUUACUGGACAGAAGGCUUUUGGUUGAUCUGAUAGACAGGUUGAACAAUGGAUCGCUUAGUUGGGAUGAGUUUUCUUCUGCUGUGAAAGAAUCACAUGCAAACCGGAUGGGGAACCCAGUAAAGAGGUUGGUGAUUGCAGACAGGCCGAAAGAGGAGGAUUACUUCUAUUCCAAUCCAGAAGAGUGUUUACAGCCUUCAGAGAAUCCCUUGGAUCCUUCAAGUAGCAUGCGACAAUUAUUUAGGUGAUUGUGAUGUUUUGUCAAAUCGUUCACCACAGUCCUAGUAAUUUUACCACAGAUCAAAGGGACAGCUCUCAACACGAGGUAUAGUGAGAAUGGAAGAGGAGAUCAAGAAGUUAAUAUGAGUUGGUGAGCUUGAAGAAAGCCUGAGAUGAUCUAUGGGAGCGGUAGUGGGACAUUAUCAUCUUUAGUAUGUGCCAAUAAUCCAAUUCAUGUAUAGAAGCUACCCUGCCAUUUACAGGGUGAUGUCAAAUCAACAACAAAAGUGGGGUUGUACACACAGGUUUGCAAAUAUAGGCGUGGUCUACCAGAAGUGUGGCCUAAAGGAAGGUUACUCCUUCAUCCUGCCAUUUUACUUUUUUUUUUUUUGUUGUUUUUUGGUUGGUUCGUUCAUGAUAUUCUGAGUUUCUAGCAAAUAUCAUAUUUUAUAAAAGUUUCUAUCCCCUUAUUACUGUGAUGGUUGCCUCUGCCGCCUCCUCAACUCUGUCUCUUAACAUUGAAUUUGUAUUCUUUUUGACUGCUUGCGUAAAUGGCAGGCUCUGAAAUGCCUCGUGAAACAAGAUCCUUGGAAUCACAAGAAAUUGUUUUUUUUAA